GGUUUUAAACAGGUAGGAUGUCAGUUCCACAUCAAGAGCAGCAGCAGCAGCAGCACAGAGAGUCAAAAUGACCUCCACCGGCAUGAACAUGAACAGCAAAAUCACCUUCUACGAGGACAGGAACUUCCAGGGUCGUUCCUAUGAGUGCAGCAGCGACUGCCCUGACAUGUCCUCCUACCUGAGCCGCUGCCAGUCCUGCAGGGUUGAGAGCGGCUGCUUCAUGGUCUAUGACCGCCCCAACUACAUGGGAAGCCAGUGGUUCAUGAAGAGGGGAGAGUACUCUGACUACCAGCGCAUGAUGGGAAUGAACGACAUCAGAUCCUGUCGCAUGAUCCCCAUGCACAGAGGAUCUUACAGGAUGAGGAUCUACGAGAGGGAGAACUUCGGAGGUCAGAUGCACGAGAUGAUGGACGACUGUGACGACAUCAUGGGUCGUUACCGCAUGAACAACUGCAUGUCCUGCAACGUGAUGGACGGCCACUGGCUCAUGUACGAGCAGCCCCAGUACAGAGGCAGGAUGAUGUACAUGAGGCCUGGAGAGUACAGAAACUUCAGUCAGAUGAGCAUGGGCUCUAUGGGCAUGAGGUUCAUGAGCAUGAGGCGUAUCAAUGAGUCCUGUUACUAGAUAUUGCUUUACUAAUGUAAAGAAGAGAAGCCAUUGAAUAAAAUGUAUAAUAAAAUAAACAACAACU